GCUGAGUGCGUGCAGCUUGCUGCUCCUCCCUGUUGCUGCUGGGAAUGAGCGCAGAGUGAAGCGCUCGGCUGUCCGUGUGGUGCGAGCGCUGUGCGGUCCACAAUGCCGCGGGUCCAGCGGUGUCGGCUGUAAUGAAGCAGCGUGUCCCGGACGGACCCCCUGACACCCCGCACUUUCUCUUCUUCGUCCCUGCAGAAGAUGGUGGCUGGCGGCUAAUUCCAACUUCGGACUCCUUGGUUGGACAUCAGACAGGCUUCUGCUGCUGUUUCGCUGAACACAACGACAAAGCUCCAAAGCAGGCGGGGGAAUGACUGCUGGAGAAGAAGCUGCUGAGGGGUCCUGAGAUGACGGAAGUAGAGCCAGUGUUGGACUUUGCCUCCUCUGGGCGCUCGGGGAGGAGAAAUGCACUGCCUGACAUCCUGGGCUCUCCUGCAGGCGUAAACCCUGGCGACCUGCCUCUUAAGCUGGCUGAGCUGUCCCUCGAAGAUGGUCCGGGAGGGGCGCAGUCACCGACGGCGGAGGAGCCUCCAGCGCCGCCGGAGAGCUCAGAGGGCAAAGAGGGAUCAUAGGGACUCGUUUUUUUUUUACCUCCCCGGAGACCUGCAAAGAUAACCUGAGAGACGGGAUGAGAAACAAAAUAUAGGGUGACCUGGGGGAGAAGUAGGGAUUAUCUGUGGAGAGGCAGCGUGUUUGCGAAAGCAGCUGAGCCACGGAGGGAGAGUGACGGACCGACUCCCCAAGGACUGGAGCCAGGAGCUUAGGACUGUUUGGCACUCAGCACUAUCUGAAAAGAGUCAGACAUCACUUAGUAAUGAACCAGUGAGUGUGCGUGUGCGUGUGCGUGUGUGUGUGUGUGUGUGUGUGUAUAGUUGAGUUAUACACUCACCGCAGACGCUACACUGAGAAUAAACGGGACCAUGACAGAUUGUAAAAUGUACACUACUAUUUUUGUAUGAUUUAUUUAAAACUAAAGAAAAACAGGUUCUCAUAAGUCAAACUGUAAUAUGUACCAUGUCCUUGAAUUUCCUGCUGAUUUUUGUUUU